AUGGCUCGCCGCAGUGAUGACAGCCCUGGGGCCAUUGAUGCCGCCGGCGUCCAGCCUGUGGCAGACAAUGCCACUCACGAACACUCGUCGGAUCCCUCCAAGACGCACCGCACCAUCAUCGAGCAUGCCCGCGCCGCCGCCUCCAAGGAGCAGUCCAUGACUCUCUGGCAGGGCCUCAAGCUGUACCCCAAGGCCGUUGGCUGGAGUCUGCUCAUUUCCACUUGCAUCGCCAUGGAAGGCUAUGACAUCAGUCUUGUCAACAACUUCUAUGCUUUCCCUCAGUUCAACCGCAAGUACGGCGUCCAACUCGCCGACGGCACGUACGAGGUGCCGGCGCCGUGGCAGGCCGGCCUCAGUAAUGGUGCCACCGUUGGCGAAAUCAUCGGCCUCUUCAUCAACGGCUUCGUCUCGGAGCGCUUUGGCUAUCGCUACACCGUCAUGGCCUGCCUCGUCCUCGUUGCUGCCUUCACCACCAUCUUCUUCACAGCGCCCAACGUUCAGACCCUCCUCGUUGCUGAGAUCCUGUGCGGAAUUCCGUGGGGAAUUUUUCAAACUCUGACGGUCACGUACGCCUCCGAGGUCUGCCCCAUUGCCCUCCGAGGCUACCUCACGACCUACGUCAACUUCUGCUGGGGUCUGGGCCAGGAGAUUGGCAUUGGGGUUAUCCACGCCAUGCUCGACCGCGAAGACGAGUGGGCAUAUCGCAUCCCCUACGCUCUGCAGUGGAUGUGGCCGCUGCCCCUGUUCAUCGGCAUCUACUUUGCCCCUGAGUCUCCCUGGUGGCUGGUCCGCAAAGGCAAGACCCAGGAGGCCAAGAAGUCGCUCCUUCGCCUGACGAGCCUCGACCGCGAGACCGAUUUUGACGCAGACGAGACGGUGGCCAUGAUGGUCCACACGACAGCCUUGGAGGAGAAGAUCACGGCCGGCUCUACCUAUUGGGACUGUUUCAAGGGCGCCGACCUGCGCCGGACAGAAAUUGUCUGCAUGACUUGGGCGAUACAGAACCUCAGCGGCAACUCCUUCUCCAACUACUCGACGUAUUUCCUCAAGCAGGCCGGCCUUUCCGAAGACAAGUCAUACUCUUUUGCGCUGGGACAGUACGCCAUCAACAUGGUCGGCGUGUUUGGCGCGUGGGGCCUCAUGACGCUGGGUGUCGGUCGCCGAUCCCUCUACCUGUAUGGACUCUGCGGCCUAUGUGCCAUGCUUUUCAUCUUGGGCUUCUUGGGCCUCGUCCCCGAGGAGCACAAGACACAGGCGUCGCUGGCAACGGGCAGCAUCAUGAUCGUGUGGGCCCUAUUCUACCAACUGACUGUGGGCACUGUCUGUUACUCGCUGGUGAGCGAGCUCUCUUCGCGCCGACUGCAGAUCAAGACGGUAGUAUUGGGACGAAACCUCUACAACGUGGUUGGCAUCAUUACCAAUGUCUUGACGCCGUACAUGCUCAAUCCCAGCGCAUGGAACUGGCGCAACUACACGGGCUUCUUCUGGGCUGGAAUCUGCUUCAUGUGCAUCAUCUACACUUACUUCCGCCUGCCGGAGCCACGAGGCCGCACAUUUGCGGAGCUCGACGUCCUGUUCGAGAAGGGUGUGAGCGCGCGGAAGUUUGCAUCUACCGAGGUGGACGUCUUCCACGAGGUUGUCGAGGAGAAGGUGAUGAACCAGUACGAGGACAUUGUCGACUCGCCGGCCAAGGGCGCCAAGUUUGCAUAG